GGUGGAAAAGAGACUAACUGGCAAUCCCGUGGACCCUGAGCACAUAAAUACGCGGGCGAAGGUAGAGAACCUUCAGUGACAAGUGAGAAUUCGAAGAGGAAGGAACAAAGAGAGGAAGAGAAGAAGAAAGGAGUAAAAAAAAGAGGAAGAGGUUGAUGGAGAGUGAAUUUUCGCCUUGGAAACAUAAAAACGGAGGAGGAGGAGAUGGAGGAGGAGGCAGAAGAAUGGUGUCCGUGGUGAUGCAAGCCAGGCACCCCGGCGGUGGUGGUGAUGAGCCCGCCACCGUCAUCACCAGCACGGCUUCCCCACCCCCCUACACGCCCUUCCACGCCCUCCCGUCGGUGCUGGAGGGCGUGGAGGAGGAGGUGCCCCAGCCUGACACCAUCAUGAGGCUGGGCGACACGUGGCCCAGCUGACUCGACCACGCCAGCAUCGCCUGGACGACACUCACCGGGGGAGCGGCAGCAACAGGAGGGGAGGCAGGGCGACCUUCGGACACCGGAGAACGCAGGAAGGAAAUACCAGAGGAGAACAGUGACUCGGGGGACAGCAUCGGGGACUCAACACCAUCCAUCACCUGGUGCUGCUCCUCCUCCGGCUACCACUCCACACACCACCACCAACACCACCACCUCACCACCAACACCAACACCCUCCCACGCCCUUACGAUGAGGACGACAGCGACGACGACAGCGCGUGGGGCGAGGACGAGUGGCCGUUGGAGCGCCCUCUGCCCCUGCCGGAGUGGGGGUGUGGCCGCCCCGCCCUGCAGUUCCAGACAGCCUUGGCCUUUGAGGAGUUCCUGGGCAGCGUGGAGGACCGCCUGCGUCUGGCCUUAGCGGAUCAGCCUUACGACUCCGUGUCCAACUUCCUAAUGUUCGCCCAGGAGUACAAGAGCUCCGGGCACACACAUCUUCCGGAAUUUUACCGUGACUACGACCCGCCUCUCGUGCACGGCAAAUACACGUGCGUGGGCCUCGCCGCUGACCUCGCCUCCCGCUUGGCUGACCUCGAGGCGCUGUACCCUGGCUUGAAGGACGCCGUGUAUCAGGUUUCAUGCCAGGAGGAGCUCUCGGACCCAGAAAUCACGGACAUCAGCUCCACGGACACGCCCAGCUCCUCCGAGUCCUUCAAGGAACACGUCCUUCUCUGCAUACGGAUCCUUAUCGCAGACCGGGCCGGGGUCAUCUUGCUGGACCCUGGCUAUCACGUGGCGAAAGCGGCCGUCGUAAUGGAAGAUCGCUUACCGCCGCAGUCAGGUCCCAUAGCCGUCGGCACUACACGCUCAGAUGUCACCAAGUCCUUCAGCUACUAUUUCCAUCCUCACUCGACGUCCUACGUGAUCUGGGAGGCUGAGGAGACGCGAAAACGGGGAGGAUAUAUGAUCGCGCGAAGUCUGGUGCAUGUGUCACGGCCCUAUCUGUCCGGCGUGGAUGUGACCGAGAGGAGGAACUUGCCCUAUCGCUUCAAGUCCCUCCUUGGCCGGGAUUCGAACGGGGGAUUCUCUGGUGGACUGUAUUUGAUGAUUAAGCCCUCUGAUUCGUCUUCUUCUUCUUCUUCUUCCUCCACCACCGUCACCUUCUUCCAUAGAGUUGACGGAGAUAUGAAGUUCGUGAAGAAGUCUCUCGCAUAUUUCCUCCCUGAUGAAGAGGAGGAGAAGAAGGAUAGACAGAAGAUGGAAGAAGAGGAAAAGAAGGAAGAAGAAAGAGAAGAAAAACGACAGAAAGAGAAGAAAGAAAAGGAAGAAGAAGAAAAAGAGAAGGAGGAAGAGAAGGAAGACGAAGAGAAGGAAGGAAAACAUGAAGACGAGGAAGAAAGAGAGGAAAAACGAGAGACAGAGGAAGAAGAAGAAAAAGAAGAGGAAAAAGAGGAAGAGAAGGAAGACGAACAGAAGGAAGGAAAACAAGAACACGAAGAAGAAAGAGAAGAAAAGGAAGAGGAGAAAGAGGAAGAGAAGGAAGGAGAACAAGAAGAAAGAGGACAAAAAGAGGAGAAAGAAAAGGAAGAGGAAGAAAAAGAAGACAGAAAGGAGGAGACAGAGAAGGAGAAUGCCCGCCACAAUCACCACAACCACCACACCACCACAGAGGACGAGGAGGUGGAGGAUGCCUUAAGAAGCAUAUCCAAAGCCUUAGGGAGAGGGACACCUGACCUCCGCCUCGCCCUGACCUCGCUCGCCCUGAUCCUGAAUGACCCAGCCUUUCUAAGUGACCUUAUUGACCUUAACAGUGCCUUAGAGAAGCUGGGAGAGCCUUAGACAGCCUUGGAGAGAGAGAGAGAGAGAGAGAGAGAGAGAGAGAGAGAGAGAGAGAGAGAGAGAGAGAGAGAGAGAGAGAGAGAGAGAGAGAGAGAGAGAGA